AGGCUUGUAUUUUUACAAGGUCGUUCUUCUUUCCCUCACCAUCCUGCUUUUUUCCUAAAGGAAUCUGUAUCCCAAAGAAGAUUUCUUUGAUCUGCUUCCUGUGUUGGAUAGUUCAUAUUCAAUAUAUUAUUUGCUUAGUACUGGUGCAGGAACUGCGAUUCCGCAACCGAGUCCAUCCACUAGGUACUACUGAGUACUUUUCAAUAUAUUGAUCUUUCUAUACUUAGUUGUAUUUAUAUUUCAUCUAGUAGCGCGUUGUGAAGAAAAAAAAUGUCGCAGAAUCCUAGUAAGAACAACGAGCUGGAUCAGGACGAGAUCUCCACCGUCGCGGACUCACGAGUUGGCGGUGCGCGGGCUCAGUCAAACUUGGGUAUGUACGUUGCCGAGAGUAUCCGGGAUGGCGCGAACCAGUUCGCCAAUGGAGUCGAAGCCGGCUAUGGUAAGAUAGGCGUACGUUGAGAACUGUGAACAUUUUUACACCUACAUCUGUAGAAGAAAGUUCGAGCAGAGUGCAAGCUGUUAGUCAAUGCCAUUGGUCCGACUUGUUGUAUCAUCCGCUUCUAACACAGAUCAUUCUUUUAUUUGUUCGAUCCAACACUCGUAGGGACCUUACCACAAAAAUGUCGACCAAGCAGAAAACCGCCUCUCUGUCCUGUGAUCAGGAUUUUUUUCAUCUCAAGUGGAAUACGUUUUUUUGACUGUCUAAGGUUUACAAGCUUACUUCGGAGUCAUCUCUCUUGAUCAUGCAGAUAGAUUGUUUUUAUCGCAAACGUGAAUACAUAAUCAGGCUCACUCGCGGGCGACCAGAGGCGAGGAGGGACUAGUCACUCUGAGGCAGAGCAGUCAGAUGGGAGUAGGACAGGAGGAUUCACCAGCGAUUUUUACAAUCCGCAUCCCCGAGCUGAUAUGUCGGACAGCAGCUCCGAUAAUAUCGAAAAUGGGAAAUACCAACCGCAACAAAACAGCUCAUUCCGUGACUGCGGUCGCGUUUUCGUCUUCAUCUGCUUGAUCGUAUUAUCUUCAAUAUGAAUAUUCUGUUUUUAUUGUCGCAUUCUUUUCGUCCACUUGGUAGGUAGAUAAGCCACCAUCAGUUCAUACUCUCCGCUUUCAUUGUUCCUUCAGUCAUUUUUAUCAUUACCGGUUAUUUUCCUUUGAUUAUAAUCCCUUCUAGCAAAUUAUCAUUAUGGUCGGAGCGACACGGUAGAUUAUACUGAAGAAAAAUGAAGCAAAUUGCAACUACUCGCCGAAUGAAUCCAUUCUUCUCCUACCCUAUCCUAUCCUAAAAUCUGUACUUGAUCAGCUCGUGAUGCUUGCGCCAUGUAUCUGCAUGGGUACCGGAAUCUUUUGCCUCGUCUGCCGAAACGAAAACUCCAAGAACAUCGGGUAUUCGGUUCUAUACUCCUUGAAACGAUGGAUUCUAGACUGGUGUCUGUUUAGUAAAGCUACGGAUCCUAUGUCUGCUGUCUGAAGCGAUGAUGUUUUUUCUUCAUCCAGUUUCUCAUCCAGCCAUUUCGUACAAAGUAGUGAAGAAUUGUCCUCUAACUCGUGCAAAGAAACACGACUCGAUUUCCCAUUCCUACUACGAAGGUACCGAUGCGACAAGGGACGACCCACGAUGACGGUGUUUGGCUACGUUCUGAUCUCCUUGGGCGUCGUUCUUAUCUCUGCCUACUGCUUCGUUUGCUGCUGCCGAAGAACACAGGAUCAGUACCUUAUCGAGCAAGACGAGGACGAAUACGAGCAGGACCAGGUUCCCGCCGUCAAGUAAAAAGUACUUAAAAACGACUGAUGAAAUUGGAGGAAAGACAUGGUGAAUUACGUGAUUUUCUUUGUACGAAAAUCUAUCAGUCGCGAAGCGGGAAAAUGGCGUUCUUUAGACGUCAAUACAUCAAAAGUCUGGGCAUGAAAUUUUGAAAUGACGUCUCGUCUGCCGAUGGUCGAGAAAAUCAGGAUCAGCAGUAAGACAAGCGGAGUAGGAAAAUUUUCGGUCUACAGGAGGAGCCAAGAAUGCAGACCGUGCCAACGGUAGAGGAGGGGUGCGGGCUGAAGUUAAUAGGUAGACAAAGAGCAACGUGGUGGAGAGCGAUGCUUUGUCUACACAUCUUCAGAUAUACACUUUCUCCCUGCAGUAGAUAAGAUAGAUUUUUCCAAGUAUUUACGUGUUUCCUGGUUCGUCAAAAGUAGGGAGGCGUUUUCUAGAAUUAACGAGAAAUUCAAGGAUCAGAUAAUGCGGGAUUUUAAAUUUCUUAACAAAGAGGUGAAUUUUUACAACAAGGUAGUAAAGCUACUUGUGGACGAGGUGGUGGUGGAUCUACAAAGUAGAGGGCGAUAGCGGUGAUCUACCAAGUAGUUUCACGGGGAGAAGGCUUUCGAGAUGGAGGUUGCCACAGGUCUCGAAAAUACAACUAAGUAGACGCAAAAGCCAUACACAUAAAGGUAAUGACAGCAUGACUUGAUCGCGACGAAGCCAUGACAUAUUGAUGCAAACUAUCGUUCGACAUUCUGCUACAACUGCAUACUUCACAAUAGAUACCACUAGUCGUUUCUGCAGGGUCAGUAUUAAGAACAAUAUAGGAAAUUAACAAUACGUGUUUAGACAUUCAUUCAUUCAUUUACUCAUUUUACAGUUACUUACAUCAUAUUAAUCACAAGGUUUUGCUCCUAGCUACAUAGGUAAAGCAUAAAGAGGUUAAUCACAAGGUAUUACAACAAUUUCUGCGUACCUAGUACAUAGGUAGGAUAGAGUUGUUACGUAUUUGAAAUUAGCUUACAGACAUAGACGAGGUCAAGCGGCAUUUUCUCGGGCACCGUGUUGCGCAUCAUGAACUGACAUUCAACAUAGGUAGUACAUACAACAUACUGAUUAGCAUGUUGAACAAGGUAGUCCUACUCGUGGAAAACAGCACUCAGCGGCGUGAUAUUUGUAUCAACGUCCUUCGAAUUCUCUUGCAUAUAUGCUCUGACAUGAGCAUGACCAUCAAGCCACGUGAAGACAUCAAGACUGACUUCUUAGUCUCGCCACUCCGCUGAGGCUGAAUAACACUACUUUUAAUAUGCAUGACGGUGGAGCAGUCGCGAGUCAGCGCUCUUCGUACAAGUAAUUUGGUCGAGUAGAUGCACUUCUUAGAGAAAUAGAAUCGGAAAAAAAUGUACUGUUUUGCAAACCCCAACACCAUGUUAGCCAACUAUCUUGAUGUAGAAGUGAUGUGGCGAAAGCAUAAAGAUUAUGAUACGAGAAAAACAAAUUUUCUUUCUUGAUGGAUGGAUUCUGAAGAUGUCAUCCUAACAUCUAGAGCUUCCUUGCCGUCGACUUCUCUGUUAUUUUUUCAUGAUCUACAACUGUUUGUUCUUAGUUAUCAAGAAAUGUGCUAUCUACAAAAGAUAGAGGUUUAAGGUGAUGGUCGGGAUUUGUACAUAAUAUGAAUGAGCUAUUGGGACAAAAGUGAAUCCAUAAUGGGUCUGUGUAGUUGCAGCACUCACUUGCGCGCAGUCGGCCGAUCUACGACCUCUGAGGCUCACGCGACGACGACAAAAAUACUCUGGUAUCUAUUUGAUGGUUUGGUGGAGAAUCCAUGAGUCGCGCAAAAUUCAUACUCCUGAAACGAAAAUAUAUCGUGAGCAUCAGGCAGCGUGCGUGUGUGGUCGAUUAUGAACAAUCCGCACUUCUAGAAUCCUGGUAUGAAAAGAAUGGACGAGACCACACUAUCCCUGGCA